UCGAUAUUUUUGCAUGUCUGGCAACCACCUGAAAUAGCCGCAUUUGUUUUCUUUUUACAGAAAUUAUUUCAAACAAAAAACAUUUUAAAAUGAACAAGGAUAACUCCAGCAUGCAGAUGGACCCUCAGCUGGCCCUGCGUCUGCUGGCCGACGGCGGGGUCCUGGCUAUUGCAGGUGUCCCCGAGGGCACGGAAUUUGGUAUUGAUUUGUGUGCCUACACCAUUGGUCCGGAUUUCCGUGGCGUCAAAAUGAUUCCGCCCGGUGUCCACUACGUGUGGUGCUCCUCCCGUGGUCCCUACGGUGAUGCUGCACCUCGCGUUGGAUUUGUACACUUCUUCCAUCCCAACGAGAUUGUGGUGCGCGAGUGGGACCACGAGCUAGAAGAACUUCGUCCGCGGCGGAUUGCCGAACCGGAGGUGGAGCGGGACAGGAUAAGGAAGAACCUGGCCCAACUGGAACGGGUCCUGGCGCCCUAUGACUACCGCUAUGUGGUCCCGUGGAAAGAGCUGACCGGCAGCGUGACGGAGCCGUGUGUUCAGCGUUGUCGUCCUGCCGAAGGAACCAUUCGCACGAACAUCGAACUGCAGUCCUGCCCGGAUGCGGAACGUCCCAGAGGAGGAGCGGGAACGAGCAGCAUUACUCGACGGAAUGCUGCUGCCCGGCUACUCUUGGAUGAAAGCGAACUCCUGCCGAACUUGAAACCCGUGGAGGGUACUGCUCCGCGCUUUAGUAACGUACCUCAGCGUGUUCCUCACGAUGCCCUACCCGCAGAUGUGUCCCGGCACGCCAUGGACUGCAUAGAAGCUGUGGACAAGGUGAUCAAAGGCUUCGACUCCGCAGACGGACUCAUUGAGGAGCUGCAGCUGGCCUACGUAUUUUUCCUAGUGGGCUACUCCGUGGAGUCUCUAGCACAUUGGCGUAAGCUUCUUGGCGUGUUGGCUCACUCAGAAUCGGCGGUGACCAAACACAAACUGACGUACAUGAAGUACAGCGAGGUACUGUCCCAUCAGCUGCCCCACUUGCCCGAGGAGCUCAUGGUGCCCAGUCCUCACAAUACGGUUUACAAAGAUGUACGCGAGCUGCUGGUCAAUCUGCAUGCGGGCGGUCUGAGCGUCAGUGCAGAGCGACUGACCAAGCGACUGGAGAAAAAACUGGGCUGGCAAUUUGAUGGGCUUCUGGACGAGGAUCCCGAGGACCAACCCGUUGUUAUCGAACUUCCAGAACCCUAGGGAAACAGAACUAAGCGCAUCGCAGCGAGUGCUGGGUGCGCAAAUAGUUCCACAAGUCUCGGGCCGUGCGGAUGCUAACCAUGAAUUGGCACAACUUGGUCUCAAUCAGGCAGAGAAUCAAAAACUUGGCUCGC